UUGUCAAUGAAUCACGGAAUCGUUGGUGAAAUAUAGUAAAAUUCGUCUUUCAUUUGUAAAGUGGUAGAGAGCAAAGAGAAAGGUAGGAUGGCGUCAACAAUUCCUCGCCCAAAAUCACCGAGAUCUCCUCAUCCCGUCCGCAGCCCGGGAAAGGAUGAAAGUUUCUGGGAUAAGAUAGGAACGCUGGGAAGGAAGAAGCGCAUCAAGGAAGUGCAAGAAAUCCAAGAAGAAGGCAAAUAUGCAAUCGACGCUCCUGGAAAUCCAAAUCCGCCGGAUAUCCCACCAGAAGAUUAUGAACUGCGGGAUAAUGAACAACGUGCCCUCAUUCAACCACAAUCUCUCAACGACCCACAAGUGAAACAAUUACAGCAAAUCCUAAUUGAUUGGAUUAAUGAUGAAUUGGCUGACGAGCGAAUUAUUGUGAAGAAUAUCGAGGAAGACUUGUAUGAUGGACAGGUCUUGCAUAAACUCUGGGAAAAGUUAACAGGCGAAAAGUUGGAUGUUUUAGAAGUGACUCAAUCGGAGGAAGGUCAGCGGCAGAAGUUGCACAUCGUGUUGAAUGCAGUGAAUCAUAAACUUGGCUUCCAUCACAAAAUACCCAAAUGGUCUGUCGAAAGUGUUCAUUCGAAAAAUCUUGUAGCUAUUCUUCAUUUACUGGUUGCGCUCGUUCGGCACUUCAGGGCGCCUAUCCGUUUACCGGAAAAUGUAUUUGUUACAGUCGUUAUCGCCCAAAAAAGCGGAGCAGUCGUUAAUGCAAAGACGUAUCAGGAGCAAAUCACUUCGCAAUACGAUGACAUUGGUAUGCGAUGCGAAAAGGACGCUUUCGAUACUCUGUUCGAUUGUGCUCCGGAAAAACUUGCGAUUGUUAAAAAGUCCUUGGUGACUUUCGUGAACAAACAUUUGUCUAAAUUGAACUUCGAAGUCAAUGAUUUGAGUACCGAUUUUCGUGAUGGAGUUUACCUUUGCUUGUUGAUGGGCUUGUUGGGUGGAUUUUUCGUCCCGCUCUAUGAAUUCCAUCUGACGCCUCAUGAUAUGGACCAGAUGGUUCAUAAUGUAGCAUUCUCAUUCGAACUCAUGCAAGAUGUCGGGCUAGCUAAACCGAAAGCCAGACCUGAAGAUAUUGUUAACAGCGAUUUAAAGUCUACACUUCGUGUUCUCUAUAGUCUUUUCACAAAGUAUCGAAGCAUUGCUUAGAUUACUUUGGUUCCAAGUCAAUCGAAUGAACUCUAAUAUUUAGUUGUGGUGCUAUCUAGCCAUUGCGAAUUAUGAUUAAUAACGACGAGUGCCUUGCAAGCAGGAAGGCCGAAAGAGUAACGUUUCCCUUCGCGAAAAAUAUUUUAACAAUUUACCAAAUCAAAAUGCUAAGUGACUAAUUCUAAAGUUUCUUAGCUACAAGAUAAGCUAAUGUUUUAUAUGUUUUUGAACUGUUACGCACUAAUGUAAUUAGUAAAGAUGCCAAUAAAUAAUAGAUACUAAGUUUAAAA